AUGGUGAACAAAGAAGCUAAGAGAGCAAAAGAAGAAUGGUUUGAAAACAUGUGCUCAGAAGUAGAAAAUUGUCUAAUAAGAGUCUUAAGUGAUAAAGCAUAUAAAAUUAUAAAACGGUUCUUUGGGAUAUACAAAAGCGGAGGGAAAGUGCUUAGAAGAAAAGAUAGUAAUAUGGUUCUAGAAGAUGGAGAAAAAAUUCUAGUAUGGAAAGAAUACAUAGAAGAGUUAUACAAAAUAGGAAACACAGGAAAAAGGCAUAGAACCCCAGAAGUGGAAAAUGGAAAUUAUUACUAUAGGACCACCUACCAUCAUGAUGGAAGAAAUCAAAUUAGCAAUAAAGGAACUAAAAUGUAUUAGAGCCCCUGAAAUCGUAAUCUGUGUGGCAAAUUUCUGAUAGCCUUAGAAGGAACGGGAAAAGAAGCGCUGUGUAAUAUAACAAAUGCCUAUGAAACAGGAGAAUUGCCUGAAGACUUCGAAAAAUGUGUAAUGAUACUUAUACCAAAGAAGCAAAAAGCUAAGAGAUGCGAAGAAUAUAGAACAUUAAGCCUAAUAUCCCAUGCGUUGAAAAUUUUAACAAAGAUAGUACAUAAACGGAUAGAAAAGAAAAUAGAGGAUAUUCUAACAGAAGAUCAAUUUGGGUUUAGAAAAAAUAGAGGAACAAGAGAAGCAAUUCUAUGUCUUAGACUAAUUAUAGAAAAAAUGUUCAGAAUAAAUAAACCCAUAUAUAUAGCCUUUGUAGAUUUGAAAAAGACAUUUGAUAAUGUUAGAUGGGAAAAACUUUUUCUUAUUAUGGAUAAGAUAGAUAUCGACUUUAAAGACAAAAAAUUAAUACAUAAAUUAUAUAUAAAUGAAAAGGCUGUAAUAAAAGGCAAAUAAGGCACAUACAAAGAGGUGAAAGUGCUAAAAGGGGUAAGACAAGGGUGUAAUUUAUCACCUACUUUAUUUAACUUAUACAUUGAGGAAGCGCUAAAAGAUCUGAAAGAGGAAGAUAUAGGAGGGAUCAAGAUUGGUGGGAUGCUAGUUCAGAUGCUUCGAUUCGCAGAUGAUAUUGCUAUGGUAGCAGAUAGUGAAGAAAAUCUAGAAAGAAUGCUUCAAAAAAUGAAUAAUACACUUAAACAAGAAUACAAUAUGAAUAUUAAUAAGACAAAAAUUAAGAUACUAGUUGGUAGCAGACAACAAGUUGACACUAACAUAAUCAUGGAUGGCAUCAAGUUAGAAAACAUAAAUAGUUAUACAUACCUUGGAAGCAGAGUCAUGAGUAACGGGAAAAGUGCCACAGAUUUUAGAUGUAGAAUAGCACAAGCUAAACAAGCUUUUUUCAAAAAGAAGAAACUUCUAACCAGAAAUGUAAUAAAUAUAAACAUUAGAAAAAUAUUAAUGAAAACACUUGUAUGGAGUGUGGCACUAUAUGGAGCUGAAUCGUGGACAAUAUUAAAACCUGACCGAAGAAAAAUAGAGGUUUUCGAAACAUGGUGCUGA